AUGUCUCUCUACGCCGACGAGGAUGUGGAGCUCUACGGGUCGGCACCCGGAGCAGGCGCGGUCGUCGCCCCGACCGACCCCUUGCAGGCUCUGACGGCCGCACUGUCCACCCCAGCCGAGACGCCAGAACAGGCCGACGCGCUCCUCGCUGCCGGUACGCGUUUCGAGGAACACGCAGACAAGCUGCCCGACCUCCUCACCAAGCUGCUUCCCAUGGUUGUAGACGGUGGCGACAGUUUGUUGCGCGCGUGGACGCUCGACAUGCUCGCGCUCACUGUUGGCCGAUCGUCUCUGCAGACUCAUCUGAAGCUUGAAGUGGCUCAGACAUCUCUCGAGUCGCUCAACCGUCUGCUGCAGACUGGCUCGAUCUCGACCAUUCGUGCAACGAUCCCAAUCUUCAGCACCAUCUACCCUAUGGUCUUCCGCCAACUUGCUCUGGGUGGCUCGUCUGCUGCUUCUCUCUUCAAUGUCUUUGAGUCGUCCAAGGCCCGUAUUCUCUCGCUCGUUCUCGACCCGAACUCCCAUCCCCAGGACGUCGGCAUCAAGGCGGCAGCCUGGAAGUUUGCCCAAAGAGUUCUCAUUGUGGGAACACGCCCUCUUGGCAGUGACCCUCGACUGCAGGCACGCUCCUCGGACGUGAGCGUCGCGCUUAUCCAGCCCGGGUCGCUCCUGAACGCUGUCAAGGUCGAGGAAGAGGCCAAACUCAUGCGCACCCAGCUCGUGACGCACAUGUACACUUCCGACGAUCCCGCUGUCCUUCACCCCAUCAUCAACUGUUUCCCCCUGGUCUUGAAGCACCGCCCAACGCUCGCAUCGCUCAUCAUCGGGUCUAUCUCGGCAUGGGUUCCCUCUGCUAUGGAGGCCGCCCAUAGGCCGUCCAUGCAGGUCCGCGCGGUGGAGAAGACUCUCCGUGCUGUCAUGGCCCAUAUCGCAAGACAUCAUGGUGUUGGCUACUCUGCACAGCUUCAAGACGCUCUUUCGCGCCAGAAGCAGCGUAUGGAGCAGGCGUGGGCCGACGAUGCCGAGAACCGCCGUGCGCGCCGCGCCAACAUUGCGGCAGGCAAACACCUCCUUGACGAUGCUGAAUCGAGCGCCGGUGCUGCCAAGCGCCAGCGACUCGAAGUGAAGCCUGGUUCAGGAGACGGGCGCGGAGGAGUCAUGGUCGAUGUCUCGCAGUUUGCCCUCGAGCCAGUCAUUGACGCUGUCAUUGCUGGAUUAUCAGCUGUCUCGGACGACCUGCUGGCACGCGCGUUUGAGAAUGCCCGCCAGGCGAUCCAGAACAAUGCCCCCGAUGCGGUGCAUGUUCUCACUCCUUCCCUCUUCAAGGAGGAUGUCAAGGCUGAGGAGGACGAGGUGCUCAACCCUUUGGACAUGGACUUGGAUGACGAGGAGGACCUUUUGAUGGAGCCUGUUGAGCCCGAGCUCGACGAGCCCGUCAUGAUUGUCGACUUUCGUCUCCCCCCGCCACAACCGAUCCCUGACGACGAAAAGGCUGGCCUGGUGGACUUUGCUGUUCGGCGUAUAUGGGACAAUGGCUCCGAGCUCUCGCACCUUGCCGACCUCAAGAUCUCGGACGGGCCUCGCACGGCCGUGCAGCCCAAGGAGAUGUGGAUGCUCCUCCUCGCGCGCAUCUCCUCCCGCGGUGGCGAGGACAAGCGUCGGAUCAUUGGCGAGUUUGUUGCCAAGGACUUUGGCCAGCGGUCCAAGUUUGCCACUGUCUGGCUCAACGAAGAGUGGCUCGCCAGGCGUCGCGGCGAGGAGAACCAGUAUGAGGAGGGUGUCAUGGCCAUUCUGCGGGCGUACAUCCCCACUCUGGAUUCCAAGGACUCGUCGCUGUCCAAGUUCCUCGUCGGCCUCCCCGAGAUUCCCGAGUCGGUCAUUGCCGCCCUUGAGCCACUCUGCGAGGACUCGGAACGCAUGAUUGUUGGCUUCCUCUCGCUCCGUGAGCUGGCAGAGGCACGUCCACCUAUCCGCAAGCGUGCUGUCCACACUCUACUCGAGUUCUGCACCCAUCCUGAGCGCAAGGUCCGCGUCAUGGCUAUCACCACUGUGCGUCGUUGGGUUCCCAACACGGCCAUGUCCCAGGACGUGAUCGACUAUGCUCUUGGCGUGCUCGAGCGCCUCACUGUCCCGCCCAAACCCAAGGCCGCCGAGGACGAGCAGGGUGAGGAGGGCGAGGAAGGUGCUGAGGCCAAGGACGAGGUCAAGGAUGGCGAGGAGGAGGCUGUGGAGCCCGUCAAGGUCAAGGUCGAGGAAGCCGCGGCCAUGGAGGUCGAGACCGGCGAGGAGCAGAAGGAGCACGUCAUGUCCAAGUACCUCUCGGACGUUGACCCCUCCACUGUGUCGCAACACGUCGAGCUCGCCUUUGCGCUCUCGCGUCGCGACCAGGAACUGCUCGACAAGAUCUUUGCCCUGUACCCCAAGCUCCCGGCGCCCAUCCAGGACACGGUCGAGGAGAUGCUCACACCCCUCGUCCGCUCGCUCGGCCCGACCAAGAAGCUGCUCGACAUUCUCAAAAACUUCCCCGUUGGCGCCGACAAGCUCGCUCUCCGCGUCAUCACGACGCUGUCAGCCGAGGGCUCGAGUCCCGUGCUCGUUGGUGUUAUUCGCAGUCUCAUGGCCGAGCGCGAGCUCGACCCGCGCUUCAUCAUCCCCGUUAUUGGAGAGCUUGACAAGGGCGAGAUCGAGAGCCAGAUUCCGGGCAUUGUCUCACUGCUCACCAAGCCGGACGCGCGCGACGUUGUCCGUACCGCGUUCGCGUCAGCGCUCCAGAAGAUGACCCCUGCCGACCUCCUGGUGUGCUUGCACUCGGAGAAGGCGGGCCUCAAGCCGACUGUCGAUGCCAUUGGUAUCUGCUUCUCCAUGACCACCGUGUUCCGCUCCGACGUUCUCGCCAAUGCGAUGCAGCGCAUCGUCGACCAGCCGUCGCCUUUACCUGUGUGCUUUGUACGCACGGUCAUCCAGGCAGUCACGACGUACAAGUCGCUGGUGCCCUUUGUCGCCAACAAUGUCAUCCCCAAACUCGUCGCCAAGCGCGUGUGGGACAUGCCGCAGCUCUGGGAGGGUUUCGUGCGCCUCGUCCGUGUCCUUGGCCAAGCAAGCUUCAAUGCCUUGCUCCAGAUGCCCGUCGAGCGGAUCCGCGAGGUGGUCGAGAAACAGCCGACGCUCAAGGCCCCGCUCAAGACGUUCCUCGCCAACAAGCCUACUGCUCGUCAGCAGCUCGCGCAGAUCUUUGCCGACGACAGUGCCAGUGCGGGUGGAUCGCCGGCGUCCGUGGUUGCGUCUGCGUAG